AUGCUCUCCAUAGACGCGGUCUAUGUAGGCGGCGUCGCCGUCAGUGCUCUCACUCUGCUCCUCUCCACCUAUUUCUUGCAACAAAACGGAGUACAGCUCACGCGGGACAGUCUCAACCUCGACGAUGUGAUCCAACCCAACGACGAGUUUCCGGUGAAUGAGGUUGAUUUCUGGCGCAAGAUUCGUCUCAGAAAACUGUUCAUCGCCGCGUCUCUUCUCGGUGUGAUAGCCUGCGAAAAGAGCGCAAUUUUGUGGCUUUUACCAACUUAUUUGCUGCUUUUGGUUUUCGUCCCCGUCCAUUCCGCCUCGAUAACACACCUGUCUGUCUUGUCUCUGGGCAUUAGCCUCACGAAAAGCGCGAUACUACUUGCACCAUCCACUAAAACAUCGGCGUCGAUGUCAAUUGCCGCCUUCCUCUACUCCAUGUGCGCCAUCAUAGCGCUCACGACGCCAAUGGGUCCACCCCUUUGUUAUCCUGGUCUUGAUGGCGCCACGGAGAGUGUGUCAGAGUAUGCUAACGGCUCCAUCGUAAAUGUCUGGCUAUUCAUAUUCGCCACCAAGGUUCUUUCUCUUGCGAACCUUCCCAAUUUUCAAGUCGAACAUCUGCCCAUUGUUGAAGCCCGUAUGCGGGCCGUUAGAAACCACCAUGAUGUUCGCCGCAGCUUCAAUGCCACAUCCCGACUGCGCCUUAUCUUUCAUCUACUGAGAAUCAACAUUUCGACGGUCUUCAAAGUUCUAUUACUGUCCUUCGUGAUCUCAUUUGCAUAUUAUGGGCCGCCCUUUUUCCUCAAAAGACUUCUCGAGUACCUCGAAACCGAUCCACACCGAGCCAAUGCCUCGUCCGCGUUGUUGUGGGUGACGGGAUUCUUCCUCGCACACUUCGGCCUGUCGCUGUUAAUGGGACAAAUGGUGUUUAUGAACCGAGUACUGAAAACCCGGCUUGAGCUCCAACUCCAUUCGCUAUUAUUUGCGAAAGCGUUGGUUCGCAAAGACGUCACCUCUGCGCCUGCUCCAGAAGACCACAGCGUCAAUCAUUCGAAGGCGGCGAUCAUUGCGCUCAUGUCCAGUGAUGUGGGACAGCUUAGCGCGUUGGCGGAGAGUAUCUACGAUAUUGCGGAUACACCCUUUGAACUCCUCGUCGGAGUCUUCUUUCUCUAUAAGCUGUUGGGCGUGUCUUGCCUCGUCGGCCUGGCAGUGACGCUCGUUUGCUUGCCUCUGCAUCAACGUAGCGGGAGCAUUGUUGCAGACGCACAGAGCCGAUUGUUCAAGGCACGUGACGAACGUGUCAGCCGUACAAACGAGUUACUCGGUGCAAUCAAAAUGCUGAAGUUUAUGGCACUAGAGAACAACUUUGAGAGCCGAUUGCUGCACAUCCGAGAGAAAGAGUUGCGUUAUCAGAAGAUCAGUUUCAACAUUGAGACGUUGUGGACUGCGAUGGGGAACUCUGUGCCUAUCAUUUUUGCCAUUGUGUCUUUUUGGCAUUUUACCGUCAUAGCCGGGCAUUCCUUGACCCCAGCCAUUGCUUUUACAGCGCUCUCCAUCUUCACCGAAAUCCAAUUCUCGAUCAAAGGAAUCCCGGCAUCAGCAAUUCGACUGAUCCAAGGCUUUGUGUCAGCAGGCCGUAUCUCACGAUACUUGAAUGAUGCAGAAAUAUUGCCUGUACUGCCGCUCAGUAGCCAAACCCGACGCGUCGUAUUUGAGAAUGCAUGCAUAACCUGGCCUCAAGUUGCAGAAGCAGGGCGGACGCCUUCGACGCCACAGCCGUUCACGAUGAAGAAUAUCUCGCUCGAAUUUCCCACGGGCGAGCUUAGUCUCGUUUGUGGACGCUUCGGGUCCGGAAAGACCCUCCUUUUGCUCGCGCUGCUUGGCGAAGCAGAGCUUCUUUCUGGACAGGUGUACUGCCCUCGGUCUCCUGCAAACAUUCUGGCCUCCAGCCGCGCCAUUGAAGAAGAGUGGAUUGUUGACGGCCUCUGUGCAUACGUACCACAGACUGCCUGGUUGCGGAAUCAGUCUAUAAAAGAUAACAUCCUCUUCAAUCUGCCUUACGAUGAACAGCGAUACAAACAGACCAUAUUCGCGUGUGCUCUAGGGGAGGACCUGAGAAUCCUUGAAGAUGGCGACGACACAGAGAUUGGUGAACGCGGGCUCAAUCUUUCGGGGGGGCAGAAGCAAAGAGUCGACUCGCACACCGCUCAACACAUCUACAAGGAAUGCCUCAAAGGGCCGCUCCUCCGAGGCAGAACCGUCAUUAUUGUGUCCCAUUAUGUCCAGUUAUGCGCUCCUGGGGCCGCGUUCAUCGUUGCGCUGGAUCAGGGGAAGGUCCAACACCAGGGUAACCUUUCCCAGUUUAGGGCGUCGCCCAACUACGGUUUUCUUGUGCAAACGGAUCAUAACAUGCUGUCGGCCGAAAAUGCCGAAGGCGAGAAACUAUCUGCUGUCAUCGACCCAAAACAACCGCAAGCACAACAAGGGGUCGAGUUGGCCAAGAACACACCCCGAAAGCUCGUUCAAGAGGAACAGCGGGCGAUUGGGAAUGUUGACGCGGCCAUUGGGCUGGCGUAUUUCAAGGCAUGGGGCAGUCGCGUUCAGUGGGGCAUAUCUCUGGGCGUGUUAAUCAUAGCAGCAUUCAGUCCGUUGCUUGAAAAUGGCUGGCUGAAGAUUUGGGCUGGGUCUUCGACAACAAUGCCGUCGCAUAGUGCAGCCUUCUACGUUACUGUUUAUGCUGCACUGACAUUUACUGGCCUUGUCGUCAAAACCCUCCGAUGGUAUAUCCUUUACUCAGGAUCGAUACAUGCCUCCCGAAGACUAUUUCAAGGACUACUUCAUUCUAUCCUCUUAGCCAAUGUUAGGUUUCACGAGACAAUUUCGCGCGGCCGACUAUUAAAUCGGUUUGGGAAGGAUAUGGAAGGUAUCGACAAAAGAAUCUCAGCGACGAUUGGGCAUUGUGUCAUCGCUUUUACCUCAGCAUGGAUAACGUUCACUAUCAUCAGCGUCGUCGGUGGGCCCGUUUUCUGUCUGGUGGCUGUUGUCCUUGGUCUUGUCUUUUUCCAUUAUGGGAAGAUGUUCUCCAUCGCCUCCCGUGAAAUGCGUCGCUUGUCAUCCGUAUCUAGCUCCCCAUUGCAUGCAUUGUACUGGGAAGCUGUGUCUGGAAUCACUACCAUAAGGGCCUUUGGAGGCUCUACCCAAUUCAUGUCGGACAUGCUGAGACUGCUCGAUAUCAACACCGCCCCAGCGUACUGGAGUCUGGCCACCAGUCAAUGGCUCAGUUUCCGCGCCAAUGCGCUGACCAGCGUGCUUGCCACAGCCGUCGUCGUCAUGGCAGUACUUUCCCCCCGAAUCGAUGCGGCGCUGGCCGGGUUCACUGUGAUGUUUGCCCAGAACAUGACCAACGACUUUCAAAACAUGGCACAUCGGUUUGCGGGACUUGAGCAGGACAUGGUCGCGCUGGAGCGGGUCAAGGAGUUCUCUGAAAUCGAGCCAGAGGAGUUUGAUGAUGCAGCCAAAGCAAAGCCCCCACCAGAAUGGCCUCAGGCCGGCGAAAUUCGUGCCGAGAAGCUUGUCGUUCGUUAUGCGGAUGAUCUGCCGCCUGUCUUGCACGGUGUCAGCUUCACGAUCUCUGCUGGCGAGAAGAUUGGCGUUAUUGGACGAACAGGAUCGGGCAAAUCGACGCUGGCCCUCGCGCUCUUCCGAUUCGUCCCUUUCACUGGCCAGAUUGUCAUGGACGCUGUUGAUAUUACCAGCAUCGGACUGCGUGACUUGAGGAGGCAGUUGACGAUCAUCCCGCAGGACCCGACGAUAUUGAGUGGGACAAUCCGCUCCACCCUUGAUCCAGAGGGAGAAUAUAGUGACGCAGCGAUUUUCGAUGCCCUCAGACGUGUCCAUCUUCCAUUCGACGACCUCGAAACAGCCGUAUCAGAAGGCGGAGAGAACUUUUCUGCCGGGGAGAAACAGCUGCUAUGCCUCGGACGCGCGAUUCUGAAACAGGCGAGGAUUUUGAUCAUGGACGAAGCGACGGCCAGCGUCGAUUUCUCGACUGACAAACUGAUCACACAGACCGUCCGCGACGCCUUUCGCCGCAGUACAGUGCUCAUCAUAGCCCACCGAUUGACCACGAUCGUCGCGUAUGACCGAGUCAUGGUGCUACAUGAGGGCCGAAUCGCCGAGUUUGACAGUCCCAGGAGUCUUCUUUCCGAUCCUGAGAGUGCUUUUCAUAGCAUGUGCCACGCGAUGGGCGACGAAGAGUUGCAGGUGUUGAAGCGACUUGCUGGAUUGGAGAGUCAAAGUUAA